ACCCAGUCGCCGCGCAGGCGCGGAGCUGAAGGCGCGCGCCGCCGGCUCCCGCUUCUCCCACUGGCCUGCCAAACAGCGGCCGUUUGAGGAGGUGAAGAGCGGGAAGGCGAGGGACGAGGCGGCGGCGGCGCCACCACAGCAAGGGAGGAGGAGGACAGGAUGGCGGGCAACGACCCUCAGAGCGCCAGGGAGCUCUCUCAGUUCGAUUCUUUCCUUCUCACUGUACUCAAUCUUUUCCCUCUUCCAUUCCUCAUCUGACUCAUGUGAGAGAGAUAAAGGAUGUGGAGCCCUAAAAUAUUCCAUUGUAUGAAGGCAGAAAAUCUACUACAACAGUUACAGGAAAACUUUCAAGCACUGACGGACAAAUUACUUCUAAGAACAGAUGAAAUGGGCGAGCGCAUAGAUGAUUUAGAGAAGCAUGUUACUGGACUAAUGGCACAAGCUGGGAUAGAAAACACCAGUGAAGAACUAACGCACUGAAGAGGGAGACAUGAAAACGACAAAAAACCUACGCUUGGAACUGAAUAACUGUAUGGCUAUAGCGGAAGAAAAAUCAAGCAGAACAUGUCAAGUCACUUGCAUUCAUUAUUUCUCUAAUGAAGGUAUCAUUUGCUUUUAAACACUU